AUGAAACGGCCGUGCGCGAUGAUGAUGAUGAUGACCAUGAUGAUGACGACGAUGAUGAUGAUGAUGACGACAGAAGGCCGAGAAGGAAACGCAAGCGGCGCAGACGUAGGUGCCGUUGCCGUUGCAGGUGGAACAAGAAGAGGUGCUGCAGGUGCAGGCGCCGUCACAGGCGUGGACGUGGGGAUGAUGAUGAUGACGAUGAUGACAGGUUUGACGAUUAGGGAGGGUUGGUAG